GCAGCAUCCCGGCGCUGGGCUCCCUUCUGCCGGUCCCGCCCUCCGUCGCGCCGGCGCGGUGCACACUGGGAUAGGGAGCGAUCUCCGAGCGAGGCAGCAAGAUGGACGCGGGAUUCUUCCGCGGAACAAGUGCGGAACAGGAUAAUCGGUUCAGCAACAAACAGAAGAAACUCCUCAAGCAGCUGAAAUUCGCAGAAUGUCUAGAAAAAAAGGUGGACAUGAGCAAAGUAAAUUUGGAGGUUAUAAAGCCUUGGAUAACAAAAAGAGUAACUGAAAUCCUUGGAUUUGAAGAUGAUGUUGUGAUUGAGUUUAUAUUCAACCAGCUGGAAGUGAAGAAUCCAGAUUCCAAAAUGAUGCAAAUCAACCUGACUGGAUUUUUGAACGGGAAAAAUGCUCGAGAAUUCAUGGGAGAGCUGUGGCCCCUGCUGCUGAGUGCCCAGGAGAACAUCGCCGGGAUCCCCUCUGCUUUCCUGGAGUUGAAGAAGGAAGAAAUAAAACAGAGACAAAUUGAGCAAGAAAAGUUAGCAUCUCUGAAAAAACAAGAUGAAGAUAAAGAUAAGAGGGAUAAGGAAGAAAAAGAGAGCAGCAGAGAGAAAAGGGAGCGCUCUCGCAGCCCAAGGAGACGCAAAUCCAGAUCUCCUUCCCCUAGAAGACGGUCUUCCCCUGUCAGGAGAGAGAGAAAGCGCAGUCACUCUCGAUCUCCCCGUCACAGAACCAAGAGCCGGAGCCCUUCCCCUGCCCCAGAAAAGAAGGAGAAAUCUCCAGAGCUCCCAGAACCAUCAGUGAGAACAAAAGACUCUUCAGUACAGGAGGCCACGUCUACAAGUGACAUCCUGAAAGCUCCCAAGCCUGAGCCUGUACCAGAGCCCAAAGAACCUUCUCCAGAAAAAAAUUCCAAAAAGGAAAAGGAAAAGACUAGACCAAGAUCGCGAUCACGUUCCAAAUCACGAUCUCGGACCCGUUCUCGAUCACCUUCUCAUACUAGACCAAGACGGCGACAUAGAUCCCGAUCGAGGUCUUACUCUCCUAGAAGGCGGCCAAGCCCAAGAAGGCGACCAUCUCCUCGAAGAAGAACUCCACCAAGACGGAUGCCCCCUCCACCAAGACACAGGAGGAGUAGGUCUCCAGGCAGACGAAGGAGGCGCUCUUCCGCAUCACUGUCUGGAAGUAGCUCUUCGUCCUCUUCAUCUCGUUCCCGGUCACCACCAAAGAAGCCCCCCAAGAGGACAUCCAGCCCCCCUCGAAAAACUCGAAGGUUAUCUCCUUCAGCAAGUCCUCCAAGGCGAAGGCACAGGCCAUCAUCUCCAGCAACUCCACCACCUAAAACUCGCCAUUCUCCAACCCCUCAGCAGUCGAACCGCACAAGGAAAAGUCGUGUUUCUGUGUCUCCAGGAAGAACUUCGGGUAAAGUGGCAAAACAUAAAGGUACUGAGAAAAGAGAGUCACCUUCACCAGCACCCAAGCCGAGAAAAGUGGAGUUGUCGGAGUCUGAAGAAGACAAAGGCAGCAAGAUGGCUGUAGCCGAUUCUGUGCAGCAGAGGCGCCAGUAUAGACGACAGAACCAGCAGUCUUCAUCUGACUCUGGCUCCUCUUCCACCUCAGAAGAUGAGCGGCCCAAGAGAUCCCAUGUGAAGAAUGGUGAGGUGGGCAGGCGGCGGAGACAUUCUGCUUCUCGGAGUGCCUCUCCAUCACCUCGCAAGCGCCCAAAAGAGACUUCUCCUCGGAUGCAGAUGGGGAAGCGAUGGCAAUCGCCAGUGACUAAAAGUGGUAGAAGGAGGAGAAGUCCCUCUCCACCACCAGCUAGAAGGCGACGAUCUCCUUCUCCAGCUCCUCCCCCUCCUCCUCCCCCUCCUCCUCGGCGGCGCAGAUCUCCCACCCCACCACCACGACGAAGGACUCCUUCUCCUCCCCCACGCCGCCGCUCACCUUCUCCAAGAAGAUACUCUCCUCCCAUCCAGAGGAGAUACUCUCCUUCCCCGCCUCCAAAGAGGAGAACCGCCUCGCCCCCACCCCAGCCCAAGCGAAGGGCAUCACCAUCUCCACCACCAAAGCGCCGGGUCUCCCACUCUCCACCUCCCAAACAGAGAAGCCCCCCAGUCACCAAGAGACGCUCGCCCUCCUUAUCUUCAAAGCAUAGGAAGGGGGCUUCCCCAGGCCGCUCCACCCGAGAGGCCCGGUCACCACAACCAAACAAACGACAUUCGCCCUCACCACGUCCUCGAGCUCCUCAGACCUCAAGUCCUCCCCCUGUUGGAAGAGGAGCAUCAGCAUCACCCCAAGGAAGGCAGUCCCCAUCUCCAAGUACUAGGCCCAUUAGGAGAGUCUCCAGGACUCCGGAGCCUAAGAAGAUUAAAAAGGCUGCCUCACCAAGCCCUCAGUCCGUAAGAAGGGUUUCCUCCUCCCGAUCUGUCUCUGGAUCUCCUGAGCCAGCAGCUAAAAAGCCUCCAGCACCUCCGUCUCCUGUCCAGUCUCAGUCACCCUCCACAAACUGGUCGCCUGCAGUACCAGUCAAAAAGGCUAAAAGCCCAACACCAAGCCCGUCCCCUGCCAGGAAUUCUGAUCAAGAAGGAGGUGGAAAAAAGAAGAAGAAGAAGAAGGACAAGAAACACAAGAAGGAUAAGAAACACAAGAAGCACAAAAAACACAAGAAGGAGAAGGCUGUGGCUGUAGCCCCUGCAGCUCCUGCACCCCCUGCAGCUGUUUCUGCUGCCACCACCACAUCAGCACAGGACGAGCCUGCGGCAGCACCAGAGCCCAGGAAGGAGACUGAAAGUGAAGCUGAAGACAACCUUGAUGACCUAGAAAGGCACCUGAGGGAGAAGGCCCUGCGGUCCAUGCGGAAGGCUCAAGUGUCCCCACAGUCCUAGGUGGACAUGUUUGUUACGUUGUAAAUUUGAUUUGGUUUGUACUCAAUUCAAUUUCAAAAUUGCUAAAAUGUGUUUGAGCUUUAGACUAUAACAUUUGUUGUAAUAAUUGCUAGGUUGAAGUUCACCAUGUUUUAAAAAAAGGGGCAUGGAUUUACAUUACAAAGGCGUCCAUGGUGUAUUAGUGACAUUCUUCCAUUGACAUUUAGAGUGAAAUAUUUUAAGCCAAAAAAAAAAUGUUUUUAAGGGCGUUUAAAUAUUGUUGACAUUCUUGUGGUUCCUUCAAAUGCCCUUGCCUCUCCCCAGAGUUAGUUUGCUUUCCUCACCCACCUCUUCUUUUCUUCUUCCUUUCUCUUAAAUUUUAGCAUCCAUGUAAAUUAUGCUUUCAACCCUGGAUAGGUUCGUUCGUAAGCUUGCCAGAGGGAGACCACUGUUGAAGUACAAAGGUCUGAGUGAGUGUUUUAAUGCCACCAACACUCCUGUUCCUGUGGAGUCUCUGCUGACACCUGGGGUUCCAGCUCUAGAGAGCAGGGGAGGCACUGCUCACGGAUGCCGAAAGUCUGUCUGUGUGUGACGGGCUCAUAAGUUGAUUUAGAACUCUGGGAUUUUGUCCUCUUUGGGUUGGUUUGUUUUGCCCCCCCCCCUUUUUUUUCUCUUUUGUAAAGGCAAGUUAUCUGACCCAGCAAGGACCCUUCAGUUAGAUACAUUUGUUUAUGAAACUUGGUGGCUCCCAUCCAUGUUUUUCCCUACUCUUCGAAUUGGUACACAACUGAAGAGCUCUUGCAUUGGCCGGCUGGGAGGGCCUGGACUGGACACAGUGUCUUGGUUUCACUUGUUUUAUUUUAUUUUAUUUUUUAACUAAAGCUAUAUAAAGCUUGUGGAUUAAACAGAAUAAAUUUCUAAAUUUAA